CUUGGCUCCGUGCGGCGGCGGCGCUGGGAGUGUCCGCGCAGUGACCGCUCCGAUAAGGCUGCCCUGCCCGAGCAACGCGCUUAUAUCACAACACACCAGCAUGUCUGUGGACUUCACUGUGGGUGUUUAGCUGUAGUACUACAAUACAACACACAUACUGUGCGGAGAAGCGGACACCUGCGUGAGGACCACAGCAGGCAGCUGUUUGUGACACAAAAACUCUAAAACCCCACUGUUCACUAACUGCCCAACACCAAACAGCAGACAAAGUUAGUGAGCAGGUGGUGAACACACUGGAGAACUUGGCUGCUAAAAAGCCAGAUAUUUUCCACAGGUGGAGAAAAUGUGGCUGCCUAUGAUUGGAAUGACUGCCCUGCCGCACCUGGGAGGGCUCUACGGCGGUUACAUCACACGCAAAGAGGUGAAAACCUGGUACCCAACGCUGCAGAAACCAUCAUGGCGCCCACCAAAUGCAGCAUUCCCUGUAGUGUGGACGUGUCUGUACACAGGCAUGGGGUAUGGCUCCUACCUGGUGUGGAAAGAGCUGGGAGGUUUCACUGAGGAUGCACUGCUUCCACUGGGACUAUACGGGCUACAACUAGCUCUGAACUGGGCCUGGACUCCUAUUUUCUUUGGUGCACACAAACUGAAAUUGGCACUCAUUGAGAUUGUGCUUCUUACUGGGACUGUCGGAGCCACCAUGGUGUCUUGGUAUCCCAUCAGCCGCACCGCCACUCUGCUCAUGGCGCCCUACCUGGCCUGGCUGUGCCUCGCCACCUCUCUCAACUACUGCAUAUGGAGAGACAACCGUGAGAUAAAAGAUGAGUAGGAGACAAUUCUGUGUGCUUUGAAGAGACUACUGAAAUUCUGAAUUGUCAUUUUCACUGAGUUAUCAUUUUUUCUUUCUAUGAAAUCUGAGCAGAGUUUCACUUUUUGGUGUGACUCAUCUUGAAGGAUUCACAAUAUAAAAUCAGCCCGUCAAAGUUCAGUCAAUAUCUGUGAAUGUGAUGGUCACUGUGCAAAAAUUCUUUUAUAAGGUCAUGAUGUGAAAUGUUGAACUGUAACACAACCUGCCUUUCAUUUUAUAUUUUUCAUUGUUUUGUUACCCAAAUUAAACGGAUCCUUGGUUAAAAUACAAUCCAUUCAGUCAAAACUCAUAAAAUUCCAAUGUAAUAUAUAAUCAGAAAUUGUCAGUAUGCAUAUUGAACACAAAAAUACAACUCUGAUCGGGCUACAUGAUUACAUUUAUACUAAUUGUUUAAAAUAAAGCUUUUUUUUAAGUGUAAAACAAUUUUUUUUUUAAUGAAGGCUGUCCCAUGUGUACAUUUAUGAUGAAGAAAGUCUUGUGUUGUAUUCACUUCUAUAACUCUAUUAAAAGAUUUCUAUCCAGUU